GCCACCUCGCGGGCUCUGAAGAGAUCCGGCCGGUUUGAGCCAUGGAUCUGACUUUGGGCGGAGGACUAAAAGUAUCGCCGUUGGGCUUUGGAUGCAUGGGCAUCACGGCCUUCUAUGGUGCUUCCAUGGAAGAUGAAGAUGCCGUGAAGUUGCUGAAGGCUGCCUAUGACAUGGGCUACAGACACUUUGACUCUGCAGAAGUGUACACGUCGCAAACCAAACACAACGAGGAGCAGGUGGGUCAAUUCCUCCGCACUGUGCCACGGGAUUCCUACACCAUUGCCACCAAGUAUUUCCCCGGGCGCCACGGCGAGACCUACGACUUGGCCUCGACCUUGGAGGCCGUGGAGGGUUCGCUGAAGCGCCUGGGCCUCGACUGUAUAGACCUAUACUACAUCCACAGGCCACCUCCAACCCUGGAACAAGCUGAAGAAUGGAUGCGCUCCAUGCGGGAGAUUGUGAACAUGGGAAAGGUGAAGUACGUGGGACUCUCCGAGUUCAGCCCGGAGUGGACCCGCACGCUGCACGCCAUCCACCCGGUGACGGCCGUGCAGAUCGAGUGGAGCCUGGUCACCCGGAACCUCGUUGAAGAGAUCCUUCUGGAUUGCUGCAAGGAACUUGGAAUUGCCAUUGUCGCCUACAGUCCCCUUGCGCGAAAUCUGCUGGCGGCGGCACCCACGGAGGUGCCAACAGAUUGGCGAAAGAACCAGCCGCGCUACAGCGAGGAGAAUCUCAAGCGGAACCAGGAGUUACUGAAGAAGAUCGAAGCGAUGGCGGAGAGCAAGAAAUGCAGCGCCGCGCAGCUGUCCUUAGCCUGGCUCUACUUCAAAGCAGGUGAGCUGGGCUUGACCAUGAUCGCCAUUCCAGGCACCACCAAAAUACCCAAUGCGGAGGCGAACUUCGCGGCCUUGCGAGUGACCGUGACCAAGGAGGAGGCCACGUUACUAGAGGAACUGGGUGCACAGGUGGCUGGCAACCGUGGCAACGAAGCGUAUGAGAACAUGGGCUUGGAGGGUAACAUGAAGAAGGUCUCCGGUGCCUGAGGCACUGUGGCAUCACGGCAGUUUUUCGACCAGCGAUCGAUUGAAACGAAAAA